UGUUGUCAACACAGCAGUGACUUUUGAAGUGGGUGCACCAGUUGUUUUUGUUGACUCAGUGAUGGUUGUAGUGGGUUCACCAGUUGUUGUCGAUGCCCCAGUAACAAUUGUAGUGGGUUCACCAGUUGUUGUCGACACAGCAGUGACUGUUGAAGUGGGUUCACCAGUUGUUUUUGAUGCAUCAAUGAUGGAUGUAGUGGGUUCACCAGUUGUUGUUGACACACCUGUGAUGGUUGUAGAAGGUUCAUUAGUUGUUGUAGAAAUACCAGUGAUUGUCGUAGUGGGUUCAUCAGUUGUUGUUGAUGAAACAGUGAUGGUUGUAUUGGAAUCACCAGUUGUUUUUAUUGACUCAGUGACAGUCGUAGUGGGUUCAACAGUUGUUGUUGAUGCCCCAGUAACAAUUGUAGUGGGUUCACCAGUUGUUGUCGAUGCCCCAGUAACAGUUGUAGUGGGUUCACCAGUUGUUGUCAACACAGCAGUGACUGUUGUUGUGGGUUCACCAGUUGUUUUUGAUGCAUCAAUGAUGGAUGUAGUGGGUUCACCAGUUGUUGUUGACACACCUGUGAUGGUUGUAGAAGGUUCAUUAGUUGUUGUAGAAAUACCAGUGAUUGUCGUAGUGGGUUCACCAGUUGUUGUUGAUGAAACCGUGAUGGUUGUGGUGGGGUCACCAGUUGUUGUUGACACACCAGUGAUUGUCGUAGUGGGUUCACCAGUUGUUGUCAACACAGCAGUGACAGUUGAAGUGGGUUCACCAGUUGUUUUUGUUGACUCAGUGAUGGUUGUAGUGGGUUCACCAGUUGUUGUCGAUGCCCCAGUAACAAUUGUAGUGGGUUCACCAGUUGUUGUCGACACAGCAGUGACUGUUGAAGUGGGUUCACCAGUUGUUUUUGUUGACUCAGUGAUGGUUGUCGUGGGUUCAUCAGUUGUUGUUGAUGAAACAGUGAUGGUUGUAGUGGGUUCACCAGUUGUUGAUGAAGACUCAAUGAUAGUUGUAGUGGGUUCACCAGUUGUUGUUGACACACCAGUGAUGGUUGUAGUGGGUUCACCAGUUGUUGAUGACACACCAAUGAUAGUUGUAGUGGGUUCAGCAGUUGUUGUUGACACACCAGUGAUGGUUGUAGAAGGUUCAUUAGUUGUUGUAGAAACACCAGUGAUUGUCGUAGUGGGUUCACCAGUUGUUGUUGACACAGCUUUGACUGUUGAUGUGGGUUGAACAGUUGUUUUUGUUGACUCAGUGAUGCUUGUAGUGGGUUCAUCAGUUGUUGUUGAUGAAACCGUGAUGGAUGUAGUGGGUUCACCAGUUGUUGUCGACACACCAAUGAUAGUUGUAGUGGGUUCAUCAGUUGUUGUUGAUGAAACCAUGAUGGUUGUAGUUGGUUCACCAGUUGUUGAUGAAGACUCAAUGAUAGUUGUAGUGGGUUCACCAGUUGAUGUUGACACAGCUUUGACUGUUGAUGUGGGUUCAUCAGUUGUUGUUGAUGAAACAGUGAUGGUUGUAGUGGAAUCACCAGUUGUUUUUGUUGACUCAGUGACAGUCGUAGUGGGUUCAACAGUUGUUGUUGAUGCCCCAGUAACAAUUGUAGUGGGUUCACCAGUUGUUGUCGAUGCCCCAGUAACAGUUGUAGUGGGUUCACCAGUUAUUGUCACACCAGUGAUGGUUGUAGUGGGUUCACCAGUUGUUGAUGAUGACUCAGUUAUAGUUGUAGUGGGUUCACCAGUUGUUGAUGUCACACCAGUGACUUUUGUUGGGGGUUCACCAGUUGUUUUUGAUGCAUCAAUGAUGGUUGUAGUGGUUUCACCAGUUGUUGUUGACACAGCAGUUAUGGUUGUAGUGGGUUCACCAGUUGUUGUUGACACACCAGUGAUGGUUGUAGUGGGUUCACCAGUUGUUGAUGAUGACUCAGUUAUAGUUGUAGUGGGUUCACCAGUUGUUGAUGUCACACCAGUGAUGGUUGUAGUGGGUUCACCAGUUGUUUUUGUUGACUCAGUGAUGGUUGUAGUGGGUUCACCAGUUGUCGAUGACACACCAAUGAUAGUUGUAGUGGGUUCACCAGUUGUUGUUGACACACCAGUGAUGGUUGUAGAAGGUUCAUUAGUUGUUGUAGAAACACCAGUUAUUGUCGUAGUGGGUUCACCAGUUGUUGUCGAUGCCCCAGUAACAAUUGUAGUAGGUUCACCAGUUGUUGUCGACACAGCAGUGACUGUUGUUGUGGGUUCACCAGUUGUUUUUGUUGACUCAGUGAUAGUUGUAGUGGGUUCACCAGUUGUUGUCGAUGCCCCAGUAACAAUUGUAGUGGGUUCACCAGUUGUUGUCGACACAGCAGUGACUGUUGUUGUGGGUUCACCAGUUGUUUUUGAUGAAACUGUGAUGGAUGUAGUGGGUUCAUCAGUUGUUGUUGAUGAAACAGUGAUGGUUG